UUGGAGGUAGGUGUGAUAUCGAGGGAAAGACAGAGGGAGAGAGAGAGAUAGAGAUAAAGAGAGAGAGGGGAGAGAGAGAGAGAGAGAGAGAGAGAGAGUGAGGGAGUAUGACCUGUGACGCCAUCGCAGCUUCCUUAUUGGAGGCGGAGAGGAAAAGGACAGGGGGGUUCAUUUGUUGCCAUAGUGAAAAAGUAGAUUACGCACCGACAGCAUGAUACGCUGAUGGACGCGUGAGGGAUGCUGUGUUUCUCCAGGGGCAUUCACCUGUCCUGCAAGCAAAGGUUGCACUGCAGCACCUGUCUCAGCCGUUGCAGUGAUGGUACCACUCUGAAGUCCGAGGCGCGAGAACGACAAGUCAGAAGAAAGGAAUCCAUCGUCAUCCGUUUAUAAAAACUCCUCUGUGCCACAAGCUUAUUGCCAUGGCCAUGAGAAAUGUUUCUCGGACAAGCAGUUUCCUGUGACGGCUCUGCGCAAAAUUUGAGAUCUGCUUCCCCCAUGUUGCCUCGACGGACCAAGAUGAUGCUUUGGCUGCUGCAAGUUCUGUCCAUUUGGGUGGGCUCAAAUCAAGCUGAAACGGCCCAGUCCGAACGGCGAGUUGUAACACACAUACCUGGUGACAUCAUCAUCGGAGCGUUGUUCUCCGUCCAUCAUCAGCCUCCUGCUGACAAGGUGCACGAGCGCAAGUGUGGUGCGGUGCGAGAGCAGUACGGCAUCCAGAGGGUGGAGGCCAUGAUGUACACCCUGGACCGCAUCAACACCGACCCCAACAUCCUCCCCAACAUCUCCCUGGGCUGCGAGAUCCGGGACUCCUGCUGGCACUCCGCUGUGGCUCUGGAACAGAGCAUCGAGUUCAUACGGGACUCGCUCGUCUCCUCCGACGAGGCCGAGGAGUGGGGUGGAGGAGGUCCCAUGGGAGGGGGAGGAGGGGGCGGAGGAGCGACGACGGUGAAGUGCGCGGACCCCUCCGCCACUCCGAUGCGGGGGAAGAAGCCCAUCGUGGGUUUGAUUGGACCGGGGUCGAGCUCGGUGGCCAUCCAGGUCCAGAACCUUCUACAGCUGUUCAACAUACCACAGAUUGCCUACUCUGCCACCAGUAUGGACCUCAGUGACAAGAGCCUUUACAAGUACUUCAUGCGGGUGGUGCCUUCGGAUGCCCAGCAGGCAAGAGCCAUGGUGGACAUCGUCAAGAGAUACAACUGGAGCUACGUCUCGGCCAUACACACCGAAGGCAACUAUGGUGAAAGUGGGAUGGAAGCAUUCAAGGACAUGGCAGCCAAGGAGGGCAUCUGCAUCGCCCACUCUGGUAAAAUUUGGAGCAAUGCUGGAGAGCAGAGCUUCGAUCGGCUGCUGGAGAGGCUGAGAGGCCACCUGCCCAAAGCCAGAGUGGUGGCCUGUUUCUGUGAAGGCAUGACUGUCCGUAAUAUCCUCAUGGCCAUGAGACGCCAGGGACUGGUCGGAGAGUUCCUACUCAUCGGCAGUGACGGAUGGGCGGACCGGUACGAUGUAACCGAUGGCUACGUUAGAGAAGCGGCGGGGGGUAUCACCAUCAAGCUCCAGUCGGCUGAUGUGAAGUGGUUCGACGAGUACUACCUGAAACUUCGUCCUGAAAACAACCAAAGGAACCCCUGGUUUCCCGAGUUCUGGCAGCAUCGCUUCCAUUGUCGACUCAAAGGUCACCCGCAGGAGAGCUUCAAAUACAACCGCACCUGUAGCAAGCGAGAGUCCCUCCGGCAGCAGUACGCUCAGGACACAAAGAUGGGCUUUGUCAUUAAUGCCAUCUACUCGAUGGCAUAUGGCUUGCAUAACAUGCAACGGGCGCUGUGCCCAGGCUAUCAGGGCCUGUGUGAUGCCAUGCGACCCAUAGAUGGUGCUACACUGCUGGACUUCUUGAUGAAAACAAACUUCACAGGCGUGUCAGGAGAGGGAAUCUUAUUCGACGCUAACGGAGACUCACCUGGCAGGUAUGAAAUAAUGAACUUCAAAAAGAUGGGGAAGGACUACUACGACUAUAUAAACGUUGGCAGCUGGGACAACAGAGGCUUGAAGAUAGACGAUGAUGAAAUCUGGCCGAACAGAGACGGCAUAAUCAAGUCCGUCUGCAGUGAACCCUGUGAUAAAGGACAGAUUAAGGUGAUCCGUAAAGGCGAGGUAAGCUGCUGCUGGACGUGCACUCCCUGCAAAGAAAACGAGUUUGUGUUCGACGAGUACACCUGCCGAGCCUGUGAACUGGGCUCCUGGCCUACUUUUGACCUCACAGGCUGUGACCCGAUCCCAGUGGAAUACCUGCGGUGGGGAGACCCUGAACCCAUUGCUGCUGUUGUCUUUGCCUGCCUCGGUCUGAUGUUCACAUUCUUCGUCACUGCAGUCUUCAUCAGGUUCCGCGAUACCCCUGUUGUGAAAUCUUCCAGUAGGGAGCUGUGCUACAUAAUACUGGCGGGGAUCUGCAUGGGGUACCUGUGUACCUUCAGCCUCAUAACCAAACCCCACGUCGUCCACUGCUACCUCCAACGACUGGGAAUCGGCCUGUCGCCCGCCAUGAGCUACUCUGCCCUGGUCACCAAGACAAACCGCAUCGCCCGGAUCCUGGCAGGCAGCAAGAAGAAGAUCUGUACGAAGAAACCUCGCUUCAUGUCUGCCUGCGCUCAGCUUAUCAUUGCCUUCCUCCUCAUACUGCUGCAGCUGGGCAUCAUCGUGGCUCUCUUCCUCAUGGAGGCGCCUGCGGUGAUUCAUGACUACCCCAGCAUCCGCCAGGUCAACCUCAUUUGCAACACCACUAACCUGGGAGUGGUUGCUCCAUUGGGAUACAAUGGCCUGCUCAUUCUCAGCUGCACCUUCUAUGCCUUUAAGACUCGCAAUGUCCCAGCUAAUUUCAACGAGGCUAAGUACAUUGCUUUUACCAUGUACACCACCUGUAUCAUCUGGCUGGCGUUUGUACCCAUAUACUUUGGCUCCAACUACAAAAUUAUCACCAUGUGCUUCAGUGUCAGCCUCAGUGCCACGGUGGCACUGUGCUGCAUGUUUGUACCCAAGGUGUACAUCAUUCUUGCCAAACCAGAGCGUAAUGUGCGCAGUGCCUUCACCACGAGCACAGUGGUGCGCAUGCACGUAGGCGACGGCAAAUCGUCCUCCGCCGCCAGCCGCUCCUCGAGUCUGGUUAACCUGUGGAAACGCAGAGGCUCCACCGGAGAGACUCUCAGCUCCAACGGUAAAUCAGUGUCGUGGGCGCAGACGGAGCGCAGCGGCUCGCGUGGUAACCACCUGUGGCAGCGGCUGUCCUUCCACAUCAAGAGGAAGGAGAACAAUCAGACAGCGGUGAUCAAGCCCUUCUCCAAAACCUUAGAGGAGCGUUACUGUGGAGGGGGCAACCUGCCCCCACAUCUCCCUCUGCCCUCCCUGCCUUCCAUGUCCUCACUGUCCCUCCACCCCGACGCUGGCCCGGACAAGACCCUGUACGAUCUCUCCGAGGCGGAGGAGCGCUACUCCAUCACGUACCAGCCGCAGACGCCCUCGCCAAUCAGCACGGUCAGCCAGCGGCUGGGGGCGGGUCUCGGGGGGGAGGAGUCCCCGACGGCCGGCAUCCCAAACUACCCGGGCAGCGUCUGCAGCGGCAGCGGCAGCGGCAGUGGCAGCGGCAGCGGCAGGGGCAGCUGCGGCCCCGGCAACAGCGGCGGCCCCGCCAGCAGCGGCUCCCUCGUCAUGGGGAGUGACGGCCGGCUGGUCGUUGUGGACGAUCGCCCGGGACCGGCGCCGAGUUCGCUGAUGGACCAGAUCAGCUGCGUGGUGAACCGCUUCACCGCCAACAUCAGCGAGCUCAACAGCAUGAUGUUGUCGUCCUCUCCGACGCACAAGCACACUCCUCCCUCUCAACACCCCGCCGACCCCUACUUGUUGCCCCGCGAAAUCCCCAUGGCCCCGACCCUCACGACCUACGCCGACGUCCAGCCACUCCCACCCGUUGAGUCCGGCAUGGGGGGCCGGAGCGGCUGUCUCGUUCACCCCGUCCCUCAUUCGCCGUACCCGCUGCCGCCUCCCCACGGCCACGCCUCCCCUUCUUUCUCCCCCAUGCGGGGAGGGCUGAUGGCCCGCCUCGACAACUCCCCUCUGAGGAAGGGAGAGCUGGAGGAGGAGCUCUUUGCUUUGACUCCGCCGUCGCCUUUCCGCGACUCCCUGGCAUCAAGCAGCGGCUCACCUGUCUCUGAGACAGAGCUGUGUCUCCCCCCGGUCCCCUCCCAUCCUCCUCCCUCUCCCCCUUCGCCGAGGUACAGCAGACUGACACUCGGAAACUACAGCCAGAGUUCAUCCUCACUGUGAGGCGGAGAUGACGCGUAGAGGAGAUGCGUAUGUGAAGGGGAGCGCUCAGAAUCAACGCGGUCAAUAUGAGGGAAGAGUUUGGGACGAUGGGAAGAGGAAAUUCAUUCGUCCCGACGUGGAGUAAAAAGCUGGAGAAAAGGAGACGUUGAGGGCUGGUCGGUGAAGACAUCGGGCUGUGACAGUCUGCCGUGUUUGUGUUUACAUGUUUGCAGUGAGAUGCAAGUGUAAGAAGCUUGCCCACGUUGUAUAAUCCUCAAGCAGUUUCCCUCGAGUGGGGCGUGAAGAACUGCAAAAGGGGGCCACUAAGACUUUAUGGUGUUUUGAUUGCUGAAGGUCUAGAGCUACAUAUCGUUUAGGUAUGGGUAGUGGCCUUAAGGUAACAUGGCUAUCAACUAAUUAGAGACGCUGUGUGUGUGUGUGUGUGUGUGUGUGUGUGUGUGUGUGUGUGUGUGUGUGUGUGUGUGUGUGUGUGUGUGUGUGUGUGUGUGUGUGUGUGUGUGUGUGUGUGUGUGUGUGUGUGUGUGUGUGUGUGUGUGUGUGUGUGUGUGUGUGUGUGUGUGCGCGCAUGUGUGUAUGUUUUUGCUUAGUCUUAGUUCACGAGAUGUAUUCCAACAUGACAUUGAAGAGUAUUCAAGAGGCUUUCAAGGGCACACACACACACAAAGACAAACAGAAGCAUAGGAGUGACACACAAACGCAUAUAAUGUAAGGGAAAACACUGUAUAUACAAAAGAGGUUAUGGAUUUUUCUUUGGUGAGAGAUUCCUUCUGACUAAAGUGCAUUGUGUUAACAUACCAGACUGUAUGUUACUCUGAGGAACACAAACAUCCUUCUGAAUUUAUUCAGCUCUACAAUCUUUUUUCUUUCAGUCCAUUUUCUGCCAGUACUUUCUUUUAUCCUGCGAGAAUUUCAGUCUUUUCUACUCUUCCAGUUAGUUUUCCUCAGAGGUUUGAAUGUAUAUUUUCUACAUGAUUACUGAAGCAGUUGGGACCAAAACCUUUUGUACCUCUCUGUCCGUGACUCGAGAAGGAGGGAGACUAGGGACUAACAGGACCAGACCGCGUUUUUCCAUAGACAUCCUAGUCAUUCAAUCUUGUUCAGAUGGAUUUCUGGCAGAAAUCCAACCUUAAAGCGUAUUGUUAGUGUGUGAUAUCUGACAACGCCUAAUGUAAGGCUCAGCUGGACCCCAAUCAUGCCGUCUUCUCUCUGCAAAGUGUCAGCGUGACACAAGUGUCUCUGUCCUCAAAGACAGUGCUUUAAAUGGGAUUAAUCCGCAUUACAAUCAUCCCUCGUGUUAGUGGACACUGUUGCACAUUUGAAAAGACCUUUUUUUUAACGUCUCCGCUCUUUUCAGACACAGAUGGCCAGAGCAAAAAGAGAAGUUUAUUGUGAUCCGUCGGACUAUGAGAGUGGUAUCGAUCCUCUCGUCUCAGCAAUCAGUACAUGGAACGGGAUGUCAUUCUGCAUCUUGCAAGUAAGAUCUGGCCCUCAAUCCCAAAAAUUCCAAAUGUCAGGGGUAAAUGUUUGAGUUUGAGACAAUUUUUUCAAAACGGUAUUUAACAAUUGUAGUAUAUCAUCGCAAAGGGAAAAUUCAAGAGAAGAAAAGCAUAACUUCCAAAAGUCCUCAAUUCUAAUUUGACUAUUUAAGAUGCCUUUUAAAUUGAAUAUAUUGUACUCGCAUGUGCCAAGAAAUCAAAGGGAAAUGCCUUCGCUGAGAUACUUGAGACUAGCCCACUGCCCCCCCCACACACAUACACACACACACACACACACUGAGGAAAAGCCUCUCAGCACAGCAAAGAAACAAACAAACGAACUGAAAGCUUGCGACACACAAUACAAACACAUUUUGCUGUUGUGUACAAGGAAUGUUGUCUGCAGCAUAGACGUGGCUUAGUUUUGAUUUGAGGUAAUCGGACCGUUGGUGUUGCAACAAACAUCCGAGCUCCAUUAAGUUUUGUGUGUAUUAGUCCAUCGUGGUCUCCACGUCCUCUGCUGACCGAUGCAGACGCAAAUCCACGGUCCGAUUCCUCGUCGUGAGUGUAGUAUCUCUGCUCCACAGUAGCCAGCAAGAACAAACACAGACAAAGGGAUUCUGUAAAUAACAAGGGCAUGCAAAGACGGUUCUGUUUUGUUUCAGAUGAAAGUCUAUUUAUUUACAUAUCAACAAAGGUGAAAAAAAAAGAAAAAUAGAGAUGUUUUUGAACUAUGUUAUAACAUAAUACACUAUCAAUAUGUGUUACGACUACAGAAACUGUGUUACUACUCUGAAUGUGUGAGUGACCAUUCCUAUUCAAAUGUCUUGUAAUUCUAUAAUAUAAUGAUAAUUAGUAUAAAUAUGAUUAUUGUGCCAAAGGGGAAGGGGAGGGUCUAGCUUAUAGCUUGUGGGUAAAUACGUGGUUUCAUAAAAAAAAGUUGAAAAAAAAAAUGUAAAUCUGUUUCUAUUGUUUGGGAUAUUUUCUAUAUAAAUAUUCCAUAUUUUCCAGUGUUAAAGCAAUAUUAUCCAUAUGUACACAAGGUGCACAUCUGAAACAAUGUUUUAGAUUGUUUUUCUUUUCUUUUUCAUCCUGCUGUAAUCUCCGGUGGACGAUUCAUCAAGAAUGAUUGCAGGAGGAUAAGUGAACUUUUUUCUUUAUGUAAUGAGGGACACAUUUAAUCCUUUCCAGUAACAAAGAAGGUGCAAUUCCAUAUUUCUCAUAUUGUUAUCUUCUCAUUUUGGUCUGCAACGUACUCCCGGUCUUAACUUUCAAUCAGAGUCCAAUCUACUUCUGACAUAACUGCUUUGUGAGAUAGUUGAAGAGAUGAUGUGUUUGUGCAAUUGAUUAUCUGGUACUUUUGGUUUCGCCGUUUAUUAAGAUGUGCGCCCUGCCGAUUAAGGCGCCAACCUGGUAAAGAAGCAUGCAACGAGAGCUGUCCGUCACUAUUGUUGACCUAAUCGGUUCUUGUCUGUGCAUCAUUACCUCUACUUUUACUCAUCUUGAUUUAAUAACGGAGGCCCCGACCUCUCUUCAGAAAACGAAAGCAGUGUUAUUACUGAGAUGUUGUCGGGUAGGAGUUCUAAACGCUCGCUUCAGCCCCCCAGGGUGAGGCUCCGCGGUCGUGUGCUACCUCUGCAGGUGCUCACAUCCUGGUGUCUUUAAGGCCUCAGUCCUGUGACAUCGGCUGAUUUUGUGGUCAAGUUAACGUUAAAACGGAUGGAGAUCAUGGUCUCACGUAGAGUAAAGAAAUAAAGCAGGUUUUUGUAUUUGUACGAUGCGCACAAACUCAAUCUCCUGUAUCAUUUGAAUCCCGUCUCUUUAGCUGUCUGGGGACUUUUACACCUGAACAUUUUCCAUGUUCACUAAUAACAGUGCUCCACAUUUGACCCCAUAUUUUUCUGAGCAGAUCUCAGCAAAAGGCUAUUUUUUUUUCAUAAUAUAUUUUUGCCAAAACAUGACGAUGUUGAUGAGUAAAUUGUUUUGCUGACCAGGAAGAUGAUCUCUUGAUGAUUUCUACCCAAAAUGCUGCUAUUUUCAUAAAUGCACUCUAAAGAAUUGGAUUGAUAAUCCCUGCCCUCAAAAAUACUUUUAAUCCAGACAUGCUCAUCUGCUGGAAAAAGACACAAGGUCAUUUAUUGUAUACUUUGUGAAUAAAAAUAUAAAUAUAUAUCCAGACCUGGUUUGGAGCCCUGAUAUACAAAAUCCUGUUUGGCUCCCCUGCUGAGCCGCCUCUUCAGCAGCACUUGGCUUCGAGGUGCGUUCGGAUUCAUUUUGGGGUGGCAGGGAUCGGAAAUCCGUGGGCAGAUUGGUGAUGUACUGAUGAGACGGGCCGAUGUGGCGGAGCUGCGUGAAAGCAGCCUCCCUUAUCGCCCUCCCCAACAAUUUGUCUGAUUUGAUAGCAUGUUUACUGUGUAAACACCACAAAAAAAACAUGGUUGGAUAGGUUUACACGGUUCAGCUGCACGGUUUUUUCAGUCCGCUGUCAGAGGCUCCCACAUAAUUGUUAUAAAUAAGGCCUCGCGAUGAACACCUUCUUGUUCCAAAUGGUUUCUUACUUUUUCUUUUUUUUUUACUUCUUUGAUAUACUUUGAGGCUGUGAUCAACCAGCCCAGCAUCAACUCCUAUCACUUUGGUUCUUCCCCUUUUUUUUGCGCACUAAUUAAAAGAAACUGAUGAGCAGUACCGGUAGAAUCCUAACGGUACGCAUCCCUACGGGUAAAUGAUUCAUGGAAAAACAGAUAUUUUUCCAUGGGCAACACUGCAGCUGGUUUGAUGAGCGAGUCCUCCGGGCUCACAGCUACGUGUCUUUAGAAAUCAUCAACUGUGUUUUUGUAAGUUGCUCCAAAUGCUGCUGAUUUGAGUGUUGCUUUUUAUAACUGAAUGGAGAGUGUUUUAACACGUGGCUGUUUCCUUCGCCAACAGAAGGAAAGAACGAAACGAUUCGAGCUCUGUGUAGAUCAUAGAUGGGAGAAGGAGUUCGUUGAUAAGAAGUUAGGUUCGUCUUAGGUCUGUAUUUUAUUGAUUAGAAGAAGUAAGGGAGGAGUUUGUGUAUGUAUUGAUUUGGCUUCUGGAUUAGCUGCAAUCGCUUGUUAAGCAGGUUGUGUGUGUCUUUAGGGCGUCAUUGCGCACAGAGCAGGUUGCAAGUGGCAGAAUUUACCGUAUUGUGCAUUUGAUUGUUUGUGAAAUACAUUCGGUGAAAAUAGUGUUUCUUUUGAUGAGAGAAUUAAAGCGACCUGAGCUGUGAUCAUCACACCGUAGAUCACAGAGGUGUCCUUGCAGGGCAUCAUGGGGAAGCAAAGAAACCGCCGAGGUGGAAGACUUCAGGAAGACAUUGUUUUCUGCUUUGGGCUUUUUCAUAUUUUUCAUAGAUCAUCUUACGAUAGACAGAAACACAAAAAAAUCCCCAAUAAUACCGCCUUGCUUAAAAAUCUGAGGAUUUGAAAUGUCAUGUUAUAUAAUGGUCAUAUUUACAUUGCUACUGCUCACUUUAGAUGAUCAUGUGACAUUUCACAGACUUGUAGGCAAACAUCCGCUUUGUGUUUGCUGAAUGAAUUGGAACGCUGCGUUGUUCUUAUUACAAUUCAGGCUCAUCAAUGAAAAUAAAAUGGAGAUGGGGUACCUUAAACCCAGUUAAAGUGAAGUGGAAUUGCCUUAGUGUGUAUAAGGUCAUGUAUUCUUUCUAAAUUAGAAUUUGUUCACUCCAGGCAGAAGAUUAAUAUUCCUGAGAUGAAAACGACAUGUUUACUAGUUAUUUAUUUAAAAAUGUCACUGUAGUCUGGCUUGAAUUCCGGAGUAUCCCGACAGGUUUAUCUCUGCAUUUGUUAACAUUGUCAGCAUCUCCACUCAGUGCCAAUCAUCUCCUUAUCAAGUGCUUUUUUGGGGGGGGGGAUAAACACGAGUAAUUGAAAUAAUUUGGACACAUUACCAUGUGUUCCAAAUCUAAAAUUCAAAAUGUUUUUCUGAAGCUGUUGAACACCGCCAACGUCUAGUAAAUGUAACAAAGAGCUUUAACCCAUCUUUUUAAGGAUGCCUCGCUGUGUUUAUGCUCCCCCACAGGCAUUAAUAUGAGUAAUGUUAAUUACCAUUACUGUUUUUUGCGCUUUGUUGUUGUUUUGAUUUGCUUCCUCACUCUCUGAUGUUCACAACUGUAGAAUGUAUUUUGAUGCUUCAUAUUUGUGUCAUAUUGGAAGGUGGUUUUAUAUUUGGAUAUUUGAUGCUCCAUUGAUUAUUUUCACUAUGCUCUGUGAAAUGUGAGAAUAUACUGCAGAGCUCCAGCGGGACAAUGCAGAGGCUUUCAAAGUGGCUUUUUAGAGGGGAGGGGGGGGG